AAAGUCCCUGUUUGUAAAACUUUUCUUUAUCCUGAAGCUAACAUGGUGAUGAACCUCUGGAAAGUUAGUCUUCCAGCAAGAGAAAAGUGUAUUUCAUCUUGGGGUUCAUAUUUAUAGCUUUUUCAGAAUAGUGUAGGAUCUGCCAAAAGCUUGUAUUCUACUGGCACAUCAUUCUGGAAUCCAUCAUCACACCUAUUCCAUACCACUGAACUCCAGAAUUCUAGAGGCCGUUGCCUGAAUUCAGAUAAAUGCUUCUUCCUUUCCUUCCUCUGCCUCUUCCUUCCCUGGCCUCCUUCAAGAUUCAGAUCAAAUCCUACCUUGUGCAAGUGCCAGGUGCUACACCUGUGGGCUUUAUCUCCUUCUAUUGAGUUUCAAUGUGCAUCUGGACAUGGACCAGCUGUGUUCCCCAAAGAGAGUCACAACCCAGAAGAGAUGAAAUCAAGAUGUUAUUUAUUAGAGGCUCUUUCCUCUAUCUUCUUCUCCUCUACAAUCUUUGGUCCCUCCUUAUAUCCCCCUUUUCACACCAACCUCAAGGAAGUAAGCUUAUGCUGACAUGGGUGAUUCAGGAAAGGUCAGAGACCCCAGCAAGGGAUUUUAUGUUGAUGUGGCUGAGUCACGGAACUCACAUCCUGAUGACAGAGCACUUUUCGGGCCAAGAAUGUUUUUUGGGUCACUGUGACUUGCUCUUUGACCUGAGCUAUUGUCAGCAAUCUUUGCAAGCCCCAGGGUCUUAUGUUUGUCGGGGGAACUACAAAGUAAUCUCCAAGCCAGCACAGAUUUCCUGCCUGGGCCCAAGACCCCUGGACUUUGUGUCAGCACAAACUUCUUGCCCGCCCUCUUGGCUCCAACAUGCAAGAAGCCUUUCCUGGUCACCCCUACUGUUAAUGUCCUUCCUCUGAUAAUGCCCUUAUAUGUCUUCUAUGUAUAUAGUCAUAUAUAUUUGAUUUCCUCCAUUAGAAUGACAGAUCCUCCAGUGCAAACAUCCAACUUUUUGCUUUUCUUUGUAAACGUGCUCAGCUUAAUAAGAUUUGUUGACUGAGUGACUAAAGUGGCUCUUGGAAAGGGCACUGUGAGAGAGCCACUGAUGAAAAAGCAGGAUCAGUGAAUUUAGUUUAAGCAUAUUAAUAAUGAAUCAAUCAACAGUUAUUAAAGCACCUACUAAAUCAGACAGUGUGCUAAGUGUUGGGAAUAUAAAAAGAGGCAAAAGACAGUCUUUGCCCAAGUCAAUCACCUCCAGUCUUCCUCCAAUGGAACCUUUCUAAGUAAGGAUAGGGCAGAGGUUUGAUUUCAAUCAAUUGAUAAAUAUUUAUUAAUCGCUUACUAUGUGGCAGGCACUGUACUAAGCCUGAGAAUACAAAGAGGCAAAAGAUAGUCACCUGCAGAAGUUGUGUCUCUAAUGGGACUUCUACAGAGGAUGGAUUUCCACCUGUCUUCAUGCAUUAGCAACCACCUUUUCAAGAAAACCUUUAAAAAUGGCACCCAAUUCAACCCUACCUUUCUCCUCCGUUUCAGUCUUUGAGUUUCUUUUUAUGGGAGCCUAUUUCCCUCAAAACUCUACCUCCAAAAUUUCUUUGGUCUCCUCGAAAAACAAAAAUUUGGUCGUAACCUCGGUUGGUUGCCAAUACCCAGAACCCGUGGAGUGUAAAAAACCAAAAAAAUCAAAACCCAAAAAUCCUUUAAAACCCUGCGGGAGGGGGAGGAGGAGGGGAAGGGGAAAGGAAAGGGGAAGGGAAAGGGGGAGGUUCAGGUCAGAGAACUUGGGGUGGUUCGGAAGUGGCGGGAUCCUCGCGCUAGGUGGGGAGAUGGAUCGGGGGGAGGGGAGGGGGAAGGAGCAUUAAGGCCCCUCGCCCUCCGUCGGCCUCGCCCCCAAGGUUAAGUUGAAGGUCUCCAGGGUCGGUCCGGAGACCCGGCUCAGACUUUCAGAUCUCUGUGGCCGCCGCGGCUGGCGGAAUUGUGCAAACGAGGAGCACUUGUUUCCGCUGGGUGUGGGCUCUGCGCGGGCUGUCACUGUCCGGGGACGAGGAAUAGACCUCGCCGCAGCCGCCGCCGCCGCCACCACCCCCCUCCCGUCUGCGCGGCAGAGAGGAGGAGGAGGAAGAGGAGGAGGAGGAAGGGGAGCAGCCAUGUCGCUAUUGUCUCCAAUCCUCCCGGCCCUCAAGGUCUAUUAUUUGGCCGUUAUCGUGAUCCUGUCGCAGCUCUAUCAGCGCUACCGCUACGGCUUCUCUUUACCAGCUUUUUCUUCACAACAUGGAAAUGUUGCUAUAGUGACUGGAGGGCUCUGUGGAAUUGGCUUUUCUACUGCAAAGCAUUUGGCAAAACUUGGCAUGCACGUCAUAAUAGCUGGAAAUAAAGAGAGAGAAGGCCAAGAAGCUGUAAAACAAAUAAAGGAAGAAACUUUGAACUCCAAAGUGGAAUUUUUAUUCUGUGACCUGGCUUCCAUGAAGUCCAUUCGGCAGUUUGUUAAGGAAUUCAAGAAAAAGAAUUAUCCUCUUCAUGUGCUAAUCAACAAUGCUGGAGUUAUGAUGAUUCCUCAGAGAAAGACUACAGAUGGAUUUGAGGAACAAUUUGGUGUGAACUAUUUGGGGCACUUCUUGUUGACAAAUCUUCUCUUGGAUAUCCUCAAGCAGACAGGCUCUUCAAGCCAUAAUGCAAGAAUCCUAACAGUGUCAUCAGGCACCCAUUAUGUAGGAGAACUGAAUAUGGAUGAUUUACAAAGCAGGCAUUGUUACUCACCUUGUGGAGCCUAUGCCCAAAGCAAGCUUGCCCUGGUACUUUUUUCCUAUCAACUACAGCGGCUCCUGGCAGCUGAAGGAAGUCAUGUGACUGCCAAUGUAGUAGACCCUGGAGUCGUGAACACUGAUCUCUACAAGCAUGUAUUUUGGCUUACAAAGCUGGUCAAGAGUUUGACCUCCUGGCUGUUGUUCAAGACUCCAGAUGAAGGAGCAAUCACAUCCAUCUAUGCAGCAGUUGCACCAGAGUUAGAAGGAGUUGGUGGCUGUUAUCUUUAUCAUGAGAAAAUCAUUAAAUCUUCUGAUGUAACUUAUGAUGAAGACCUUCAGAGGAAACUCUGGGCAGAAAGUUGCAAGAUGGUCGGAAUACAUAAUAUGAUCAACAAAGUCAUCUCAACCUAAUUGCCUCCUAUGUGGAAUCUCGUGAAUCUCCAUAAAUCUCAAACAAGGUGUAUGCUGAGCCUGUAAAAUUGUAUUUUUCAUAUGAAACUUGUGGCUUUGGCUUAAAAAAUUAAUGAGUGCUGAUCUGCCAGUAAUUCCCUUGAUGUUCUGAAUUUUCAAUGGAUUUGUAAUUUUGUCAACGUGGCUACAACCAAUCCGUCCCUCCCUGCCCAUCCUGUACAAUCCUUGUCAGUGUUCUCCAAUAAAUUUGCAAAUCUACCAAACGGUCCAGGUUAAGGGGAGAGAGGGAAACAAUCCAUCCAAAGUGCUAGGUGCCUUCCUCUAAUUCUUUUGCCAGUGCAUGAAAACCAGAAUGGGGAAAAGAAUCCUCACACAGAACUGAGUAGGCUCUGAUACCCAAGCCAAUAAUAUGUUUUGUAUUCAUAAUGUUUCUAGUUGUGAUUAAAUAAUCUGUGAUAAUAAAUCUCUGGUAUAGGUAUGUAGUUUAUUUUUCUUUUGGUCACCUCGAAGGAAAAGAGAUUGAUUUGCCUUAUGAAUAAAAGGCUCAUACUGAAGUGGUUGAUGUGAACAUCUCUUUAAGAUGCUUUUUAAUAAGACAGACCUUAUUUGACUGUUAGAAUGCAUCAAAUUUUUAUUAGUAUCUUAUGUUUUGUUUUAGUUUUCUUGACUCAAAUAAUAAUAUGACUUACUGUACUUGUAGGCAUGACUUUUGACUGGAUACACACAAUUCCCAUUGGUUGUGGUUUCCUACACUACAGAGCUCCAUCAGACCAAUUCCUUAAUGUUGCUUUAGUGAAGAAUGACACCAAAGAUUUCACUGGGUUCUCCUAGCUACAAAGAUCACAGUGCAGCCAUCAUAGUAGUAGGUUGUUACUGAGAAUUGGUGUUCUCAAUUUAGAACACUCUUUUAGGAAAUACAUCUCUUUCUUUUUUCUCUUUUUAAAAUUAGCAAUCAUUUAUUUUUCUUUUUCUUCCAUUUUACCCACACCCACUGGAAAAAAGAAAGGAAAGGAGAAGAAACCAAGGAAAUAAAAAGGGGAAAGGGAGGAAAGAGAGAGAAAAAAAAGACAGGAAGAAAAGAGAAGGGGUAAUAAAGGAAGAAAUGUAUUUCCUUCUUACCUCUACCUCUUAGAAUCCCUUAGUGCUCUUCAAAACUCAGACUUCUACAUGAAGCCUUUUCUGCUCCCCAGAUAUUUGUGCAACCUUGGGGGAAAAAAAAAACACCUUGUAUCUCUUUUGUGUAUAAUUUAUAUAUACUUUAUGCAUUUUGUCAAUAUGACAGUGACAAUGCUAUUUAAAUUUACGAAUUCAUUGAAAUAAUAAUCAGAUUACCAAAAGAAUAUUUUUAGAGCUUUUUAGUCUAACAUUUCACACUAAAUACCAAGAAAAAUGUCUGUUCUGCUUCUUUCUCUAACCUCAGUCUUUUGAAUUUACUCCCAUUUCUGUCUCUGCAAUUAAUCCAAAGUUCAUUUCUUUACCACAUAAUUUGUAGGCUUGAAAUAAUCAUACCUCUGAAGUGGAGAGCAGGUCUCCCCAUAUCAUAUUUUUUGCAUACUUCCAGAAGUAUAUUCACUAGCAAAAAUCUUACAUGAACUGAUACUGAUGGAAGUGAGCAAAACCUGGAGAACAUAGAAACAGCAACAUUAUGUGAUGAUCCGGACUUACCUCUUCUCAGCAAUAUAACAAUUCAUGUGGUUUGGUAGCAAACCAGAGCAUACCAUAUAUUCUUUGUUCAUGGGAUUCUCAUUGUACAGCCCCAUUACAUGCAAGUGGUGAAGAAGUUCUCCUUCAACCCCACUCCCACUCUCAACUCUCAUAAUGAUGACUAUAUUUCAUGUAGCUGACUACUAAAAUCAUGGAAUAAUCAAUUUUUCAACUUUUUGGGCAUUUAUAUUGUACCUAUUAAGACAUAUUCAGCACAGUUUUGAUUGUCUGAAGAUGUAGUAGACAAAAGUUUUCAUACCAAUGCAACUUUGACCAUCACUAUAGUGCCCAUUGGAAUGCUUUUGUCUCAGACAUCUCAGUACAUAUCCAUCUUUGCACACUCUAUCUGGAGCCAGGUGACUCUCUCUUAAUCAUUCAACUACUGGUUAUGUUCUUUUCUUUUUUUUGCUAAGGCACUUGGGGUUAAGUGACUUGUCCAAGAUCACACAGCUAGGAAGUGUUAAGGUCUGAAACCAGAUUUGAACUCAGGUCAUCCUGACUUUAGGGCUUGUGCUCUAUCCAUUGAGCCACUUAGCUGCCCCUCAUUAUAUAUUUUCUAACUAUAUAACAGUCACAUCACAGGAUUGAUUAGAUGCUAAAUGAGGCUAAGGGUGUUCUGAGUUGCAAAGAUAACUGGCAUCAUAGUCCCAUAUAUGGUUCAAAUUAAUUUAAGGAAUAUAGAAACUGCUCUGUAAUGAUAAAUAAAGAAGCCCAUAGGAAGCUGAGUCCUGCAGCACUUUUUUUGAGCAUGUGGGGGGAUAUUAAAUAUCAGUUAACAUCCAGUUGUCUGAAUCUCUUUCCUGCCCCUAGUAACAUCAAUCAGCACCAAUCCACAGUUCUUACUCUUCCCUUCCUUCCUGAAUGCUUGGUCCUUCUAAAUCUUGAUAAGAACUUUAUAAAAAUCCAUUAAACUUUAUUCUUUGGUAAUAGAGUGUCCCAUCCCCAUUAAAGUCACAACGUAUCCAUCAAGGAGCCCAGCAAAGUGCCCAAUUCCACCAGAGAUCCCAGCAAACCUGAUCUAUUUUUAUUAUUCUCCCUAACUGUCUUUCAUUUUGUGAAUAUCUUCCUUCAAUAAAUCUGGCUUGCUUUAA